AUCAUCUGCCUGCCUGCGUGUUUUCUUCAAAUUCGAUCUCACCCUUUCCAUUAGCAAUUUUUAUCGCUUAAUUUUUUCAUCUGGCCUGAAAAUUCCCGAUCUUUCUUCCUACAUUUCUCGUUAAUUCGUUUAUAAAUAUUAAUAAAAAACGAUUGGGAUCCGAUUUUGAUUGAAUUUUAGAGAAAAAUUGGCUUCUUUUCAUCAAUUUGUUCAAAAAUAGCUAGAAGAAAUUGAAAUUUGACGAGGAAGUUCUGGAACCAGGGUUUCGAAUAAUGAGGUUGAUGCAGGAGGAGAUGAUUGGGUACGAGAGCGAAGAGGAAAGGGAAAUGGAAUCGAGUAGUAGCUGUGGUUCAAUCGUUGAUUUGGGGUUUCAAGAAAAAUCGAUGAAGGUUGUCGUUGUAGGUUAUGCUCUUACAUCUAAGAAGAUCAAGAGCUUUUUGCAGCCAAAGUUUGAAGGUUUGGCUAGGAAUAAGGGGAUAUUUUUUGUUGCUAUUGAUCAAACGAGGCCUCUUUCAGAUCAAGGUCCUUUUGACAUUGUGCUGCAUAAGUUGUCUGGGAAGGAAUGGCAGCAAAUUCUUGAGUUAAAAAUGCAGACAAGAUGGUAUUGCUAUGGGGACUAUCGGCUGACACAUCCAGAGGUUACAGUGUUGGAUCCUCCAAGUGCUAUACAACAUGUUUACAAUAGACAGUCGAUGCUUGAGGACGUUGCUGAUCUUGAUUUAUCUGAUGCUGCAUAUGGUAGUGUAGGUGUCCCAAAACAACUGGUGAUAGAGAAAGAUCCAUCAUCUAUCCCUGAUGCUGUUAAGCAGGCAGGAUUAGCCCUACCUCUUGUUGCAAAGCCUUUGGUUGCCAAGUCGCAUGAGCUGUCACUUGCUUACGAUGAGUAUUCCCUUGAGAAGCUAGAGCCUCCCCUUGUUCUCCAAGAGUUUAUUAACCAUGGUGGUGUUGUGUUCAAAGUGUACAUAGUUGGGGAUGCGGUUAAGGUUGUGAGGAGAUUCUCUUUACCUGAUGUCAGCAAGCGUGACCUGUCAAGGAGAAGCGUUGGAGGCGUGUUCCGCUUUCCAAGGGUCUCAUGUGCUGCCCAGUCAGCAGACGAUUCAGUUGCUGAUUUGGACCCUUGUAUUGCUGAGCUUCCUCCACGAGCCUUGCUUGAACGCCUGGCUAGAGAACUUCGUCGCCGACUGGGUCUUCAUCUGUUCAACCUGGAUAUGAUUCGUGAACAUGGGACUAGAGAUCGGUUUUAUGUGAUUGACAUAAAUUAUUUUCCUGGGUAUGGUAAAAUGCCAGAAUACGAGCAUAUAUUUACAGACUUCUUACUCAACCUGGCUAAAAGCAAGUACAAGAAACGGUCUUCUGCUACUAGUUUACCUUAGAAGAAAUUAAUCGCCCCUCCCAUCACUCCAAUAAAACCACCACCUGUUGAACAACAACAACAUGAAGAAGAAAAAGAUGCUGGAAAAUGUUAUGUUAUUGCCAGUCACCCAUCCCAUCCGCCUGUGGUGGUGGCCAAGCCAAGCUCAAGGAAAAUGGCCCCACCAUCAGUCAACGGCUUCUUUUAUUCUUCCCGCUUAUUAUGUAAUGUACCAAAUCCAAAUGCAUCAUUGCUUUGCUUGUAUAUAUUUGAUUUCAAAUUUCAAAUUAAUAGGUGUCUCUCUCUGUGUGUGUAGCUUAACACCACAUAUUGAUAUUACUACGUUCUUUGCUUGUUGGUUGUUUGUCUAACCCUUACUAUAGGUUUUACUUUUUUUUUUUUUAAAUAUAUGUUUUGUUGAUAUGAUAUAUUGAUAUAUGUAUACGUGACUUGGUUUAGUUGUUGUUGUUGUGUUGAUGAUUGUUGUAUAUCAUGUGAGACCUGGAUUGCUUCACAUUUACUGCCAAAGUUACAUAUCUGAAUUGGGGUUUUUUGGGGUCUUGAUCCCAAGGACAUUAACGUUUCUCCUUGCCAUCUUUUGAGAUCAGACCACCUGCUGCUGCAUAUAUAAUGCAUUCGUUGCAUCAAGACUUUAAGAAUCACGAGUAGUUAUGAGAUUUUUUGUUUCAAAAAUUUGCAUGAUGGUCCUUUUGUUUUUCGCUUACACCAUUAAGUUUUUCUAUCAAAUCCAAUGUAAAAGGAACCUUUGUGCUCGUCUUUUAUCUCAUAUCUAUAGAUUAAUCAAUCAUAAAGUUAACACCAUCUUUAUUUUUACAUCUGUUUAUUUUUUUUUGUAAAGAUCUGCGCGACCAUUUUUGUCUAUACCGUGUAGACAUAUGCCUUUGCAGAUUGUUUGUCUUUUGGAAGUGCGCAGAUCCAAAAACGUCUGUGCAAAGUCUUCUUGGCGCAGACAUGGACUACUGUCUUCAAAGAUCUUCAGACCUCAUUUUAACCUAAAAAAAACAUAGGCCAUCAGUUUGUUGUCUUUCUUUUUUUACUGAAAAUGCAUUUUUAAUGUUUAUAACAUGAAACUAAGUUUGAAAAAUCAAUUUAUUUCAAUAGUUGCAGAUGUUAAAAACAAAAAAUAUUUUUAUUGCAGACUACAAACAUUUGAUCCACCUCUUCUGC